GCCCGCGCUAUUUCUAUGGAGGCGUCAGUCGACGCCAUGGUGACGUCAGGAGAAGCCCAGCAAGCAUGGCGGCCCUGCGGCUGCUCUCUUCUCUAACCAAGCCCCCUCGUCUCAGGUGCUGCCUCCUCGCUCAAGCAAGUGUGGCGCGCUUUCCCGAGGCCGCGCCCUGCGCCUUGUCCAAUCGCCAUGAGCCUCCGUACCCCUCGCCCCAAAGUGCGCGGAGGCCUCUCAGCACAAUCUCCGCGGAUGGCCUGGUGCGUGCGGCUCCCGCCUCUCUUCAACCUUACCUACGCCUCAUGAGGUUGGAUAAGCCCAUUGGGACAUGGUUGCUGUAUCUUCCUUGUACCUGGAGUAUAGGCCUUGCAGCAGAACCGGGCUGUCUCCCCUCCUUUUACACCCUUUUCCUCUUUGGCACUGGAGCAGUCCUGAUGCGGGGAGCAGGCUGUACAAUUAAUGACAUGUGGGAUCAGGACUAUGACAAAAAGGUUGCAAGAACGGCGUGUAGGCCGCUGGCUGCUGGAAGGAUUUCAACUUUUCAGUCUCUUGUUUUCCUUGGAGGGCAGCUCAGUUUGGCUUUAUGUAUCCUUUUGUGUUUAAAUUAUUACAGCAUUGUGCUAGGAGCAGCCUCUCUCUCUCUUGUGGUGACCUAUCCCCUUAUGAAGAGAAUAACCUACUGGCCUCAGCUGGUCUUGGGUCUUACCUUCAACUGGGGUGCGUUACUCGGGUGGUCAGCCAUCAGAGGCUCUUGUGACUGGUCUGUUUGCUUGCCCCUGUAUUUCUCAGGAGUGCUGUGGACGCUGAUAUAUGACACCAUUUACGCUCAUCAGGAUAAAAAAGACGACGUUGCCAUUGGUGUGAAAUCAACAGCGCUCCGAUUCAAUGAAAACACAAAACAGUGGCUCAGUGGCUUCAGUGCUCUGAUGCUUUUGGGACUGACUGUGACAGGAAUGAACUGUGAUCAGACUUUCCCGUACUAUGCAGCUGUGGCAGCUGUAGGCGUCCACUUGGCACAGCAGAUAUACACUUUGGACAUACACAGUCCUGAAGAUUGUUGGAAAAAGUUUUCUGCCAAUCGCACAGUAGGACUCUUGCUUUUCAUAGGGAUUGUUCUGGGGAAUUUAUGGAAAAAGAAAAAUACAGAAGAAACAAGGAAACUGUCAGACCUUACUUAGUGCGAACAUAAUGGACUCUGUUUUAUGGCCAAGAAAAUUAUUCCAAGGAGAUUAAAGAAAGAAGUUCUACACAAUUUUAGCAAAUUCUUUCUUUGCACUUGCACUGUGUUGUGGAAGUGGCCCUUUGUUAAGAAGAUAAUGCAUCUUUUUAGGUCUAAAGUCUGUCAAGAUGGGGUCCAGGUACUAAAAUACAUGAGAGCUCCCUACUGAAGUCCUGGGAAAAUACUUAUAGGUCUGCACCCACAUCUGAGUAUUGUAAAAUUAUAGUAGGUGUUCCGGAAUUACUCUGUAAACACAACCCAUUGUUUUGCAGUUGUAACACUAUUUCAAAUAGUUAAACUUAUUAAAUACUUAGU